AUUUCCAUGGAGCACAGAGAUGAUGAUGAUGAUAAUGAUGAUGUGUCUUUUGCCAAGUGGAUGAGCAGCUUUUGGGGUCACAGCUGGAGAGACAAGGAUGAGCGAGGACUCCGGGACCACCACCGACUACAAGAGGCAAGCUACAGGAAGGCUUCGCUACCCUGCCCAUUUCCUGCAUUUCCUAGCAUUACAUCAUCUGACUGCCACCCUAGAAGACAUUCUCACGAGGACCAGGGAUCUGGAAGUCAUCUUCCCAUGCGGUAUCACAGAAAAUGCUCAGUGGAUGGAUCACUCCGGGAGCCAGUAGAAUCACAAAGAAGAGCUCAUUCCAAAAUGCAGGAAUUUUCAGAAUCCUUUGAACGACACAUGUGCCUUCAAACCAAGCCCUCUCCUUCUGCGGGACCCAAGGGGAGGAAGGAGAGAGAUGGCAGAUGUUGCCUAGAGACUUCCAUGAGAUCCUACAAGAAGGUGGAGGACAGAAGGAGCUCCGUGAAGGAUGGAGACGGACCCGUGGCUCCUCUGUUUGAAAGGGGGCCUGAGUAACACUUCGUUUCAACAUUGCCAUGACAGAUGCCACUGGUUGCUCAGAGACCUAGAACUUCCUGCAGAAUGAUAUCCGGAAAGGGUGUCAGCGGAUGUUGAGAUUAAAGUGGGCAGUUAGAAUGGCUGCUUCUCAACAUGACUUGUGUUUUGCUCCAACUGCCCCUGGCACCUUGAGUGUACAAUGUUUAUGUCCUUCUGUGGUAAGAAGAAAAGGUAUUUGAAUAAAAUAAAGGAUAAUUUCUGAU